GACAAGCGCAGAUUCCCCCAUUCAUCGAUCAUAAUAAAAGUCACAAAAGCAAAAGUAUUUUUGUCUAUUUUUUUUCUCUAAAAAUAAUUUCUGAUUAAAUUGAAGUAUUACGUCUGUUCUUGCCCUUUUUGUGUUAUUCAUCUCAGUGCGAAUCUGUGACAGAACAAAAAAUCGUUACUGGCCGCCUGGGAGGUACCAGAAAUACCAUCUGUUUAUUUACGAAAGUAACGACCUUGCGAAAUAAAAAUAAACGGUCUCGCCUAAAAGAAUUGGUAUUUUCAACGGCCCCCGGGGUUUUUCGUAUCUAUCCAGCCAACCGCAACCCGACCAAAAUGAAAAUAUCCCGAAAAAAUUGCUUUCUGAUUGUCUAGGCUAUCUGCCCAUAUCACUUUCACAAUUUUUUCUUUGAUUGAUAUGGUUAUGGUUCUAAUUAAACCAGAUCCACUGGUAUGGCUGGGGAACUGUGCAAACUCCCUGAAAAACAGUAUGAUUAUCUUUUAAAAUUUCUACUUGUUGGCGAUAGUGAUGUUGGAAAACAGGAAAUUCUUAAGGAUCUUGAUGAUGGUGCUUUAGAGAGCCCUUUUUGUAGUGGUAGUGGUAAGUCUUAUAAGACCACAACUAUUCUUCUUGAUGGCAAGAGAGUGAAGCUUCAACUGUGGGACACUUCAGGACAGGGCAGGUUUUGUACCAUAAUAAGGUCUUAUUCCAGGGGAGCCCAAGGAGUACUUCUAGUCUAUGAUAUUACAAAUAGGUGGUCCUUUGACGGUUUAGACCGUUGGCUUAAAGAAGUCGAUAGUCACGCACCCGGUGUCCCAAAAGUACUAGUAGGAAAUCGGCUUCAUCUCGCAUUCAAAAGGAAAGUCCUGCAACGGGACGCACAAAUCUACGCGAACAAGCAUAGUAUGGCCUUUUUUGAGGUCAGUCCACUGUGCAAUUUUAAUAUACACGAAAGUUUUUGCGAGUUGAGCCGUAUGGCCUUGCAGAGAAACGGAAUGGAGCGGCUUUGGAGGUCAAACAAAGUGCUGAGUCUUCAGGAACUGUGCUGCAGGGCGAUAGUGGCGCGCACUACUGUCUACAGUAUUGAACAGUUGCCGUUGCCCACUUGCGUCAAGUCACAUCUGAAGUCUUACGCGCUGACUUCAACCAAUGCCCAGCAGUUUAGGUAUACGAGUAGCAAGAAACGUGGUGGGAGAAAGUUAAGGUUCACAAGCAUCCCAACUACUCCGGGGCUGGAUGGCCGAACAAGCUGCGUCCCACGUAACUCUUGCACAAUCUCCUGACGAAAUAGGUUACUCAAUUUUGUGAUAGAGGUCUUUUCGAUGGGGAUAUUUCCCAUUUUCGUUAUACUCUCGAUUUACACGUAUUACCUCUUUUUACGGAGACUGUACUUGAGCUACGUUAAGAGCGAUUCGCACGGCAAAGACUGAGGGAUUUUUUUGUACGAUACCUCUCCUUUAGGAAACGUUUGGCAAUCUUUAUAUCGGAUGAAAUCUUAAAAAAUAAGUACAACUAAAGAGUUUUUUUAGAAACAAAAAAUAAACUACACACAGGGUGUACUCAGCAUUAGUAGAUGUUGUGAUUUGUAUUGUGUCGUAGCUCGUAAGUACGUGUCCGUAGAAUAGAGGGAAACUUGUUAGUUUAAGAGCCAUUUGUUUUUUGUUUGAUAAAAUGGCAGUUUUUGUGCCGUCCCAAAGUUACAGGUUGUUUAAAGACGAAUUGGUGAAAGUCCUAAACCAGUGGUAAUUUUUUAUUUUUUUUUGUGAGGAUUACAUUGCUGACCUCAGGGAUUUUUAGGCGUACACGAAUAAGUAAUUUAAUAUAAAUAUGUGUAAGGAUCCUUCGUUAACUUUUAUUAAGUGUUGUAUGUCCUUACGAAACGCGUGUCCUGUAGUCAAGCAAUAGAGGUUCUUGAAUUUGAAGAGAAAGCUUCGAAAUAUUUUGGUUCAAGCAUAAUGCUAAGAUAUAAGAAUUAAACUGUUUUUGCUUUUAAGACCUAAUUAGUCUCUUAAAAUUAGAUAAAUUUCAAGCAAGGUUCCUUCAAAGGAUUUACUAGUUUAGUUUUUAUGUUCUUAUAUGAAUCAAUUAUUUUAAUAAUCAGAGAUGUUACAUUAACAUUCCUUUUAUGAAAUUUUAAAAUAUUUUGUUAUCACAAAAUUAUGUUAGAUUUAGUGCUUAUGAUAAUAUUAUGCUUAGUGCAGACAUCUUGAUACACGGUUUUCUAAUGGAACUCAUUCAUUUCCUAUAAGAAAUAUGUCCAUACAUUUCACUAUAGCACUACUAAAUUAAAACAAACAAAUAUUUUUUUAACAUACCUUAAAACAUAUAACUGCAAUAAAAUAUCAAUGAUCAGAAUAGAAUUACAAAACUAAAAAAGUAUAUCGCUUUGAAACCAUUUUGUCGAUAAAGACGAUCCCUGCUUAGAUCAGCCAAUUUUUCAAAAAUGAAAUAGAAACUCAUUCUUAAUGAAUUUAGGAAUACCAAUGACCUCGUGAAAUAUCCUUUAAUAAAUUUAUACGUUAGUGGUAAGACUUAUCCCGUUAUUAUCCACCGUUUUUUUUAACUAUACUAGCUUUUUCGGUCUUUAAACCGUUAUACUUUGUUAAACUAUUAAAUUUUUUUACCAAAUUUUCUGUGUUAACGUUAGUUUCUAGUGUAAAUAUAUUUUUAUAGCAAUACCAUGUUGUAUAUAAAUAUCUUCUAUAAGCUUUCAAUUUAUUCUUAUAUACGGAUGUACUUUACACUGAAUAUUCUCACUUGCCCCAUAGGUAGAACGUUAAUAUUUACUAACAUUUGUUUUUUCUUUCUUUUAGCGGUAAGACUUUUUUUAUCAUCCCACCAAAUUUUAUUUGAUUUAUAUUGCUUCACAAGAGGAAAAUUAUGACUGAUUCAUUUUGUAUUUAUUUUUUCGUUAAUAGUUUUUUUUUGGAUAAAAUAGCUUACUAUGUUAAAAACAUAUUACGAUACUUAUAUAGGAAAUACAUUUAUUUUUUACGUAUUUUGGUAGAUUAACAAUGUAUGUACCCUUGAUGUAUCAAAUAUAACCUGUUUACACAA